AUGUCCGGCAAGGCAGCAACAAGUCCUCGUGACGAUGCUUCGUGCCAAAAUACACCUCUUUUCCACAACCUCCGGCAACUGCCUCGCUCUGUUAUCCCACGCAUCCUACAAGAGAUGAAGAGUCUGGAACGCAAGGCAUUUGCUUCUCAUGAAGCGCUUCCCUUUGACGACAGAGUUCUCCAGCAGCGCAACAUGGAAGUGGUUGUCGGACUCUCCGACCAAGCAAGAUGUUCGCCCGUCGUCGCCUAUGCUGUUGCGGUGAAGUGGAACCAUCGCCUCCUGCUACACAAAGUUUGUGUCUCGCCGGCGGCAAGAGGGCAGGGUAUAGGUAGCUUAUUGUUACAGAAGGUCAUCGAGGACUCCAAAUGCUGGUCUUGUCGCGCGAUUGAUCUAUGGGUCGACGAAUCAAAUAUAAUCGCUCAAUGCCUCUACUCUAAAUGUGGUUUUGUGGUGCAGGAAAUUGUCAAUGACUACUAUUCCCCCGGUAAGAAUGGAGUCAAAAUGGUCCGAGUUUCGCAGCCUUGA